AUGGCAGACUCACUAGAUGACCAGCCCACUACGAAGGUGACACCGAUCCCUCUCUACCAGGCCGACCUCCACGCCGUGCCCUCGGACGUGUCGGCGCUGCUCUCAUCGUACUCUGGCAUCGCACCUGACAAACAAAAUAGCCACAUCGUCCGCGUCCGUGACCAAGCCUACGCCACGCACCCUUACCCAUGCCUGGGCCGAUGGCGUUUUCUCGAGCUCGACCUCUCUUCCCACCCGCUGUACCAGAGCGACGUUCUGGCGCCCCUCAUCCCCACACGAGGCCAUUCGUCUGAGGGUAAGCCACAACGUGACGGUGACGACGACGGUCGCGAUUCAUGGAUAUUUCUCGACCUCGGCACCUGUCUGGGCCAGGACAUCCGCAAACUCAUCUACGACGGCGCCGACCCGUCGCGCCUGUACGGAGCGGACCUGAAGCCCGAGUUCAUCGACGCCGGCUACGAGCUGUUCCGGGACGCCGACAAACUGCCCCGCGACAAGCACUUCAUCGCGCCCGCCGACGUGUUUGACGAUUCGCCGUCGACCGAGCUCGCGGCCAAGUGCGACGGCAAAGUGGGCAUUCUGCACAUCAGCGCCGUGUUCCAUCUCUUCGACCUCGCCGCGCAAAGGGCCAUGGCGAGACGGUGCUUGAAGCUUCUCGAUCCGCGGAGGGGCCGGGUGCUGCUCUGCGGAGGACAGGUCGGAAACGUCAACCCCGGCGAAGUGGCGCGUUUGACCGGCAAAGGCUCGAGGUUCAGACACGACGAACGCAGCUGGAGGGACAUGUGGGAGGGUGUGGUGGCCGAGGAUGCGUGGAGAGACAAGAUCCGAGGCGUCGAGGUCGGCUGCGAGAUGGAAGGGUGGAUUGACCGAAUCGAGAUGAAGACGAAGGGGCUCGUCGGGGAUGAUGGGAAAGCUCCAGGCGAGGGACUGAGGAGGAAGCAGAUCGGCCGGGUGGAAGACGGCUUUCGGUGGAUGAAGUGGUGGGUGUGGGUUGAUUUUGAUGUUAAUGUGGCUUAA